CCCCCGCGCGCGGCUCAGGCGAGCAGCCGUCCCAGAGGCCCCCGCGGCAGCGCGGCCGAGCCGAGGCGCGCCCCUCACCGGCUCCGCGCCGCCGCCGGCCCGCCCCGAUGAGCUCGUACUUCGUGAACCCGCUGUACUCCAAGUACAAGGCGGCGGCCGCAGCAGCGGCGGCGGCGGCGGCGGCGGCCGCGGCGGGCGAGGCCAUCCAUCCCACUUACUACGACUGUCAUUUCGCGCCCGAGGUCAGCGGCCGCCACGCCGCCGCCCUGCAGCUCUAUGGCAACAGCGCCGCCGGCUUCCCGCACGCGCCCCCGCAGGCGCACGCGCACCCGCACCCGUCGCCGCCGCCGCCCGGGUGCGGCGGAGGGGGCGGCCCGGGUCCCGGCCAGGACUACUUCCACGGCGGCGCGGGCAGCCCGGCCGCUGCCUACCAGGCCGCCCCACCUCCUCCUCCUCCUCCUCCUCCGCACCCUCCGCCUCCCCCCUGCGGCGGGAUUGCCUGUCACGGGGAGCCCGCGAAGUUUUACGGAUACGAUAACUUACAGAGACAGCCGAUUUUUACGACCCAGCAAGAGGCCGAGCUGGUACAAUAUCCUGACUGUAAAUCGUCCAGUGGUAAUAUUGGCGAGGACCCAGACCACUUAAAUCAGAGCUCGUCUCCUUCUCAAAUGUUUCCCUGGAUGAGACCACAAGCAGCUCCUGGUAGACGGAGAGGAAGACAAACCUACAGUCGCUUCCAAACCCUAGAGUUGGAAAAGGAAUUCCUUUUUAACCCUUAUCUGACCAGGAAGAGAAGAAUCGAGGUCUCCCACACUCUGGCCCUCACGGAGAGACAGGUAAAAAUCUGGUUCCAGAACAGGAGAAUGAAAUGGAAAAAGGAGAACAACAAAGACAAGUUUCCCGCGUCCCGGACGGAGGCAAAGGAUGGAGACCCCAAAAAGGAAGUCUCUGGGCUGGAGGAAGACCCAGCCGAAGGCCCCACAAAUUAAACUCUACCUUUACAUUUUUACCACAGACUAUUAAGACUGAUGAUCAGUAUAAGUGUGUACUGGUGGACACCACCGUUUCUCCCCUCUUGUUUUUUGGAAAGGACUUUACCUGUGUUUCAAGCUACCUUAAUGUCACUGCUCUUGAGGUUUCUGCGCUUUGAAAGGGAUUUGGGUGUUUUUAAAGAAAAUAGUUUGUAGUUUCGAAUAGAAGCAGUCCUUGAACUGCCCUAUAGAAGGGUAAUUUGAUACCGACCUUUAGCUAUAUUUUUAUAAUAAUUUUUAACGUCUGAGCUGGUGGUUUGCCUCAACAACAUAAACUUCCUAAUGAUCAGCACUAGAUGAUUGAAUAUAAAAUGCUUUAUUAAUCAAACAAGUGCACUUGAACAUUUUAAAUCUCUAUGGUGAGUAAAUUAAAAGAAGUUUAUUAAUAAUGUUUUUAAAAUUAUGCCUGCAGAAUAUUUACUUUAUUAUUUGAUUAAAUGUAUUAUUUAUAUUUUUCUUUCUGCUUUUGUAACAAUGGCUCAGGUGUCUUCUGGUUCACCUCCAGAAGGCUUCUUUGAGCAUUUUGUAAAUGUUUGUCAGGGAAGAGUCUGGGCCAAAUAUUGGAAAAGCACAUUAGCUGAAGAGUGCAAUGUAUUGUCCAGGCUGCCGGCUUCCUUAAACUCAGGAGAGUGUUGUCCAGUGACAGGAGUUUAAGGAUAAUGUUAAAGUCGACAUUUAGUCGGGCUUCUGUAGUUCGUACAAAUUAUGGCCAUUGAAUAAUCUAGAGAAUUAAUACUUGAAAACUAAUUGCAGCAUUUUCACUAACUAUUCAUUCUGGCAAGUGGCCUUGCUUUCAUUUUGAACCCCGCUUGUAAUCGCCUGGGAUUUCUAGGUCUCUAUGCUCUGUGUUUCUGCUUUUCCAAGUAGAUGCCAUAUUUAUUGUAUUCUUCUUGCACUGCUCCUAUGCUCCUUUUAAACCAGCUUGCUGUGUUCAUCUCAGAUGUCGGUUGGUACGUCCAUGUCCAUCCUCUGCUGUUCUUCGGGAAAGCCAUGGCCUCACCUAUUUGAAAUGAGCCCUGAGUGUAAACGCAGAAACUCCGAGUGUAAACAACCGCUCCAGAGCAUAGCUCCUCAAUAAAGAGAUGUACCUC